GGUGGAGCGAAUGGGGGAAAUCUCCUCCCUGCGAAAUGUUUAUGAAGAGGAAAACAAGUGAGCUGAGGAGGCCAGCACUGUGGUGUCAGACGAGUAGCUGAAUACAUCAGUAGCCAUCAACUGGGCAAAGCCAUGCAACGAUUUAUAGCUCGUCACUGUAUGGGCACCAUAUGGCAAAUGGGGGCACGAUUUUACACUGCAGUGAUCCCUAAGCCUUUAUUAAAUCCUGAAGUCUUUUACACCAAGCUGUUUAUAAACAACGAAUGGCAUGAUGCAAUCAGUGGCAGAACAUUUCCAACAGUGGACCCAUGUACUGGAGAGGUGAUUGCGCAUGUAGCUGAGGCUGACAAGGCUGAUGUUGAUGUUGCAGUUAAAGCUGCAAGAGAAGCCUUUAAUCUGGGAUCCCCAUGGCGAAGUAUUGAUGCAUCACAACGUGGACAAUUGCUUCACCGCCUUGCAGAUCUUAUUGAAAGAGAUCAAAUCUAUCUAGCAUCUUUGGAAACCAUGGAUACCGGCAAGCCCUUUGCUCAAAGUUUUGCAAUGGAUCUAAGUACAGUCAUAAAGGUAUAUAGAUAUUAUGCAGGCUUUGCAGACAAAGUCCAUGGGAAAACUAUACCGAUAGAUGGUAAUUACUUCUGCUAUACAAGACAUGAGCCUGUUGGAGUCUGUGGUCAGAUUAUUCCAUGGAAUUUCCCAUUGGUAAUGCAGGGGUGGAAGCUGGGCCCAGCACUUGCCACUGGAAAUACAGUCAUUAUGAAGGUUGCUGAGCAGACACCACUCUCUGCAUUGUACAUUGCAUCUUUGAUAAAAGAAGCUGGAUAUCCUCCAGGUGUUGUCAAUAUAUUAACAGGUUAUGGGCCUACAGCUGGGGCAGCUAUAGCAGAACAUAUGGAUGUUGACAAAAUUGCUUUCACUGGCUCUACUGAAGUAGGAAGAAUGAUCCAGAAAGCAGCGGGUUCAACUAACCUGAAAAGAGUGACCCUUGAACUUGGUGGUAAAAGUCCAUGUAUUGUCAUGGCAGAUGCAGACCUAGAACAAGCCGUGGAACAAUGUCACGAGGCUUUGUUUUUUAACAUGGGACAGUGUUGUGCUGCAGGUUCCAGGACUUUUGUGGAGGAAACGAUCUACCGUGAAUUUCUUGAAAGAAUCGUGGAGAAAGCAAAAUUAAGAAAAGUGGGCAAUCCCUUUGACCUGGACACACAGCAUGGCCCUCAGAUAAACAAGGAACAAUUUGACAAGAUCCUUGCCUAUAUUAAAAGCGGUAAAACAGAAGGUGCUAAACUUAUGUGUGGUGGCGAUCGCUGUGGGGAUAAAGGCUUCUUCAUUAAUCCCACUGUUUUUGCAAAUGUGAAGGACAACAUGAAAAUUGCGAGGGAAGAAAUAUUUGGCCCAGUGCAGCCAGUGUUUAAAUUUAAAACAAUAGAGGAGGUUAUUGAAAGAGCUAAUAAUACAAGGUAUGGGCUAGCGGCUGGCAUAUUUACAAGAGACUUAAACAAAGCAAUGCAUCUUACUCAGGCCCUGCGAGCUGGGACAGUAUGGGUUAAUACUUACAACAUUGUGACUUGUCAGGCACCAUUUGGAGGUUUUAAAGAAUCUGGGAAUGGAAGGGAACUUGGUGAAGAUGGGCUGCAGGCAUACACAGAAGUGAAAACAGUCACAAUGAAAAUGCCUCAUAAGAAUUCCUAGAGAGGAAACUACACACUGAGCAUCCAUGUGUAUUCCUUUUCAUUAGUUUCAGCUUAGUCACAAAAAAAAAACCUCCACAUUAAAAAAACCCAAUAUCGUUCUCAAGUUCCAAGCAAGCUGGGGGGUUUCAUAGAAAAAAGAAAGCAUGUAGUUCAACAAAAUAAAAUGAAAUGAAUACAUCAUAAUAUGAAGUUUAACCAAUUUCAUAGUGCUAGAACUGUGGCCCUUGAAUUACAACUUCCAUCAGUUCCCAGCCUAAAGCAAAGGCUAUAGGGAGGGUUCCCUAUAAUGCUUAAUACCACUUGUAAAUGCCACUUGUAAAUAGUCCAGUAAGUGAUAAGAUACUAAUAAAAUGUAUAAUUAAGCAUGUGAAAUUAAAUGUUUAUGACACACUUCCAUUAGGUCACACAUGAUCAGUAGUAGUUACAAAUAAAGGGCACUGUACCCACAGUUCAUUACCAAGAAAGUGACUUGUGCUAUUUCUUUCUCGCUGUUCCUUGUCAUUGCAAAUUCACAAACAAGACAGAUUAUACUCAUAUUGUGUGUAAUUUUAGGAAAAACUAUGUGUAUGAAAAAAGUAUGUUAGGACAGGGACUACAAUAAAUAUACUGAUUGCUAAAAAUGUUGUUUGCCAUCACUGCAAACAUUCUUUCUCUAAAGGACUUUUACUUG